AUGUUGGCUUUCCGAACAGCUUCUUCACUCCACACAAGCAUUUGUCUAAGUUCUCAUCCGGCACCGGGCAUCCAAUCCUCUGCUGGCAGCCAAACCCAGGAUCGGCCCCUCCACAGCAGGUCACAAAGGCCAAGGCGUGAUCAUGGUUCGUGCCGGGGCAAAGCUGAAGGUAAAGUGUUGGGACCUGCGAGACUGGGUGAGGCAUGA